ACAUAUAAGAAUGCUAUCAGUGUCGAUUAAAUGUCUCAUUGUUUCCUCUCCCUGUCUCCUCUGGAGAUCCUUGGCCUCCAUGACGACAGUCACCAUUACGAUCAUCACUUUACUGAGGGAAAGGAAUACCUGUGGAAGAUUUUGGGAAUCAUUGCUGGAAUCUAUGGCUUUUUCCUCAUCGAAAGGAUCUUCUCCCUUGUGAUGCCAUCACAUGGCCAUGGUCACGGGGGCCUGGGCAAUUCCCAUGACCUCCCCCUGGAGCUCAACUGCAACGGCCAGUCACAGAGGGGCAUGUCUAUCUCAACCAUGCAGCUGGGAACUGUGGAGGACUUAGAAUGCACAGAAAUCCCAUCAGAGGAGGCUGAACCAAGAAGCCCUACGCAUCAGACGAGACAGGGUAUUCCUGUACUGGCUGUGAUGGUAAUCGUGGGAGACAGCCUCCAUAACUUUGCUGAUGGCCUGGUGGUGGGGGCGGCCUUCUCCUCGUCCACCGAGACAGGCAUGGCGACCACCGUGGCCAUCCUCUGCCAUGAAAUCCCUCAUGAAAUGGGUGACUUUGCAGUGUUGCUAAGCUCAGGUCUCUCUGUGAGGAAUGCAAUGAUGAUGAACCUCCUCAGUGCUCUGACGGCCUUCAUCGGCCUCUACAUCGGCCUCUUCGUCUCCUCGGAACCAGAGGUCCAGCAGUGGAUCUUCACCGUUACCGCGGGGAUCUUCCUCUAUCUGUCGCUGGUAGAGAUGCUUCCAGAGAUGAGUCGUGUGAAGACCAACAGGCCCUGUAUCAUGUUCCUCCUGCAGAACCUUGGCCUCCUAAUGGGCUGGGCCUGUCUUCUGCUCCUUGCACUGUUUGAGCACAAACUUAAGUUUUGAUGGCAGGACACACACACAUCCUACUCUGGUAUCUGCCAUGCAAAUGUGUAAUUGAUGGCAAUGUUGAUGGUACUUUGUGGUCUUGUCAAAAAACAACAACAUCUUGUUUAUUGAUUACUGUAUUAUUUACUGAUACACCAUAUGAAGACAGCGAACAGCACAUUUAAAAUGUCGCGAGAAACAUUUCGUAAGUGACAGGAUAAUAGAGUGAUGUGAAUAAUAGCAGUGACGAUGUGAAUCAAAUGUCAUUUUAGAUCCAGUGGUUACGCAUAAUGUGUUAGAGCUGGAUGAAUCCACUUUUGUAUGAAUCAGAUGACUAAAUGUGAUCUUUAGGACAUGAACACAUCUUCUGUGUUAUGAUUUAUUUUUGUAUGAUGUACUGUGUAACAUAGGGCACAUAGCUAGCUUACAAUCUGUCUGUCACAUCUAUGUCUGGACAUGAUAGUGUCAGAUGUCUAGUCUACAGUGCCAGACGAGAUCUUUAUAUACAGAUACAUUGCUUGUAUGUGUAUAUUUACAAUGAUAUACAGUGUCUUCAGAAAGUAUUCAGACCCCUUGACUUUUUCCACAUUUUGUUAAGUUACAG